GUCACUCCAGCAGCACCGGCGGUUUGCGAACGGACUCUCCAGUGCACUCGCACCGUCUCACCUGCGCUAAGUUCAGGACCCGGACGGUGAUGGACCAGGACCAGUACCUGCCGGAGCUGCUGGCGGAGAAGCACGGCUUGGACCCGUCUUUCGUGCACGCCAUGCGCCUGCUGACUGAAGAAAUAGAGAAGUACGACGGCGACGAGCCGAGGAGAGACGGAGAGGUGAAGAAAUAUCUGGAUGUGAUCAGCAACAAAAACAUCAAGCUGUCGGAGCGGAUCCUGAUCCCAGUGCAGCAGUACCCCAAGUUUAAUUUUGUUGGGAAGCUGCUGGGGCCGCGGGGCAACUCCAUGAAGAGAUUACAGGAGGAAACGGGAGCCAAGAUGUCCAUCCUGGGCCGAGGCUCCAUGAGAGAUAAAGAGAAGGAGGAAGAGCUGAGGAAGAGCGGCGAGGGGAAAUACGCCCAUCUGAGUAACGAUCUGCACGUUUUAAUCGAGGUCUUCGCGCCACCCGGAGAGGCUUAUUCCCGCAUGAGCCACGCCCUGGAGGAGAUUAAGAAGUUCCUGGUUCCUGAUUAUAAUGAUGAGAUCAGACAGGAGCAGCUACGUGAGCUUUCUUAUCUAAACGGUUCUGACGAUUCAAGCAAAAAUAGGAACACACGAGGACGCGGUGUACGGGUCACAUCUACAUCUACCACCAGGGGUCGAGGUGGGGUGGUGACGCACCCUCCUACUGGACGGGGAGUAGUAGUGUCCAGGGGAGGCGGUAGUACACGCGCCUCCCUUCCCGCCAACAUGUUAAGCAGAGGAGUCACAGCGGCACGAGCCAGAGGAACAUCGGGGAAGAGUGGGUACAGAACGCCCCUCCUACAGAUCACACAGAAAACCUACGAGGACUACGGCUACGAUGACGGAUACGACGGCGAGUACGACGAGCAGAGCUACGAGGGUUACAACGACGGAUACAGUAACCAGUCCAAAAGUGGAUCAGAAUAUUAUGGACACGGAACCAACGACGAUCCCUACAACAGUUACGAGGAGGAAGACUGGACGCCCAGACCGACCCUUAAAGCUCCGGCGUCGAGACUCACGCGAGGGGGCUUCAGGGAUCACCCCUACGGCCGAUACUAAAGGUGCAAUAAUCAGUGACCUUCCAUCACCGGUGUCCUGAAACAAACCCCACGCCCGGCCCCUCGCCCGGUCCCCCAUAACACCACCUAACCACCCACCCCAGGACCCUGAACUAAACUGAACUCUUCCAUCGGAACGCUGCUCCCCUUACUCGCCCAUCGCUCCCCCCUCGACCCAGAGCAUGGAGGCACUCACCACACGACCCUUGGCUACCCGGGCGGCCCACGCCCUCCCCGCAUAGCGCAUUUAACACAAACAUCGAGUCUGUACUGAAAUCGAAAGCACUCGGCUGUGUACGGAGUCGUCUGCUGGGUGUCCGACCUGUUUUUGUACUUAAAUAUGUCAUAAUAAUAAUAAUAAUAAAAAUAAUAAUAAUCAUUAAAAAGAAAGAUAAAAAGGUGAGAACCCGACCUGUGUACGAUUCUAAAUAGGUGAUUAUAAUUGUAAACGUUUACUGUUGUCGUGAUGUUACCGAGACUGAGAGACCUAGGAACUGCUCCAUUCAUAAUGUUUUUAUUUAUUCAUUCAUUUGUUUUAUACCUAAUAAAUAAAAGCAGCUCAUUAAAACGUGACUUAAAGACUUUGUGUAGCUAUAAACAGGUUUUAAAAAAUCACAUCACAUUUAUUUGAACUAAUU